CUCUCUGUGAGCCAAUCAUUUCAGCAGCCCUCAACAACUGUGAAAUCCCGCACUUACACAGAUGAUAAAUGCUGAUACAAAGGUCACCAUGGAAUGGAAAAACUUUACCUUCACUGAUUACAAUUUCACCUAUGAUGAGAAUUAUAAUGAGUCCUGCUGUGAUGGCUCAAUCUGUGAUCAGGAGACUUCCAUGUACUUUGAUUCCAUUUUUAUUCCGGUCCUUUACUCUCUGGCGCUGGUAGUGGGACUGGUGGGAAAUGGGCUGGUUCUGGUAGUAUUGUGGAAGAAAAGGCAAUACUUGAAUGUUACCGACAUCUUCAUCCUCCAUCUGAGUUUAGCAGACAUUCUGCUGCUGCUAACGCUGCCCUUCUGGGCUGUAGAGGCAGCGUAUGAGUGGAUCUUUGGCUCAGUGCUCUGCAAGCUGACUGGAGCUCUGUUCAAGAUCAAUUUCUACUGUGGCAUUUUCAUGCUUUGCUGCAUCAGUGUUGACCGCUACCUGUCCAUCGUCCACGCAGUGCAGAUGUAUUCUCGUAGAAAGCCAAUAGUGACUCACUGUUGCUGCCUGAUGGUCUGGCUCUUCUGCCUUCUGCUCUCCAUUCCUGACUGGAUAUUUCUUAAGGACUACAAGGACUCCAGACGUCAGGAUAAAACACAAUGUGUUCCAGAUUACUCUGAUUCUUGGCAUCUGGCCACUCGUCUGCUCAAACAUAUCUUGGGUUUCAUUCUUCCAGCACUUAUAAUGAUGUUCUGUUAUUCUUGCAUCCUGCUGCGGCUGCGCCGUGGCUCCCAGUGCAAGCAGAAGAAGGGGGCCAUCCGUGUCAUCGUGGCUCUGGUAGUAGCCUUCUUCAUCCAUUGGACGCCCUACAACAUCACCCUCAUGAUUGACACCAUACAAACCAAUGAGACCAUCGAUCCCAGUAACCAAACAUCCUGUGGGACCUUCACAUCGUUGGAUGUAGCUCUCACAGCUACUACCACAUUGGGCUACUUACACUGUUGUGUCAACCCAGUGCUUUACGCUUUCGUGGGGGUGAAAUUUCGCCAGCAUCUGCUGGACAUGCUGAGACCACUGGGCUUCACGCUGAAGGUCCCAGCAGGCCUGGUGUCACGGAAGAGCUCUGUAUGGUCAGAGUCAGUGGACACAUCACACACGUCUGCUUUUUGAAACAUUGUGUGCAAUCAUACUGAUACAUGUACAAUCAGCCAGCAGGUUAUGCUUUUAUGCAAACUUUAACAUCUGUAUCAGUAAGAGGAGUUGGGCUUUAAGUAUUCAAGCAUUGCUAUUCAAUGUCCAGUCUUAAUCAUUAUAAUUGUAUGAUAGUACGGAAGUCCACACCACCAAUGAUAACGUCAUUUAGAGGAACAAUAACAUUGGAAUCAUUUUCAGAUGAUUUUCCAGUUGAUGAAUGUGAAAAAAGCAAUGACAGCUGAUCAGAAUUCAUACAACUUAAACAAUUUAUCUUAAUAGUGACCUUUACAGUUAUCAUUCUUUAGGUGAACAGGUCUUAAGUUUCAUUACAGUGCUUUUUAGUUUGCAGACUAUAGAGCAAUCUUGUUUAAUCUUACUUUCAGAUAUUUAUCUUGGCACUUAUGCCAGCUACUGCAAAUUUUCUGCAGUUUUGUAUUUCUCAAGCAUACUGACUCCUU